CCUCCAAUAUGGAUAUCCGGCCAAACAACACGAUUUACAUCAACAAUCUCAACGAGAAAGUGAAGAAGGAGGAGCUGAAGAAGUCCCUGUACGCGAUAUUCUCGCAAUUCGGACAAAUCUUGGACAUCAUAGCGUUGAAAACGUUGAAAAUGCGCGGCCAGGCGUUCGUCAUAUUCAAGGAAAUCCAAAGCUCCACCAACGCGUUGAGAUCCAUGCAGGGAUUUCCAUUUUAUGAUAAACCAAUGAGGAUCCAAUACGCAAAGCAGGACUCUGACGUCAUUUCCAAGUUGAAAGGAACCUUCCAGGAACGACCGAAGAAAGCCAAACCUGUGAUAUCUAGAGAGGAAGACAUGCCGAGGAAGAAGAAGAAGAACAAGGACGCGAAUAGGGCCGUUGGCGGAGCGAAUGCGGAACAACCGCCCAAUCAAAUUCUUUUCCUGACUAACUUACCGGACGAGACCAGCGAAAUGAUGCUCUCCAUGUUGUUUAACCAGUUUCCUGGAUUCAAAGAAGUACGAUUGGUGCCCAAUCGACACGACAUCGCCUUCGUCGAGUUCGAAAACGAACUUCAAUCUGGGGCUGCAAAAGAUGCUUUACAGGGCUUCAAAAUCACCCCGACGCACGCGAUGAAGAUCUCCUUCGCAAAGAAAUAAGUGAUUUUUUUUGUACAAUUACUCUAGUUUAUAAGCUCGAACUUGUAACACACAUUAUCUGAUAUAAAUGCGAAUGUAUGGACUUCGAGGGUACCUAAUUGUUGAUUUCGAAGCGUACCGACUGAUUAAUUGCAUUGCCUUAAGGGUAGUAAAAAUACCUGGAGUAUUCGCAUUUGUAGUAGUUUAGAUAAGAUGUGCUUAUGUGUUCUUUAGGAUCGAUAUCUAAUAGAAGUAUCGAAAAUAAAUAUGAUUUAA